GUGUGGAUGACCAACCACUGACUGCAGGAGGCGUGACACGCGCAUUCUAGUACAGAUAAAACCACCAGUCUUAGGACAGGAGCGCGCACCUCGGACACUUGAAGUGUAAUAAGUGUAUGGAUUAUAACGAAGCGAUAAUUUUUAUUUUAUUUUUUUAGAUUUCUCCACCAUUAAAAGUGUGAUACUUUAUUUUAUUCCUAUAUUAUUAUUUUCCUUUACUAAAUAGUCCAUAUGGCUCGUUUCCCAGGCAUGGACGACAAGUGUGCUGUUUUACAUUUAUCACGUAUGCAUCUGGACGACUUGAACUUGGAUCAUCUCACGGAAAGUAAAAGAAAACAAAUCCAGCAGCUGCAUCUCACCUACAAUCGUUUAUUGCUUCUUCCACCUUCCGUUUGUUUUCUAUCCAACCUGGAGUAUCUGGAUAUGAGCAAUAAUGCGCUCACGGUCAUACCAGAUGACUUUAUGUUACUAACAAACCUAAAGACGUUUGUAGCAAAGAACAAUCUUCUGAAUGAGUCAUCGUUCCCUAAGGAGUUUGGAAGCAUGCAGGUAGAAACUCUGAAUAUGAGUGGAAACAGGUUUGAGGAUAUUCCCACGCAGUUUCUAAAAAUGACCACGCUACAGUCCCUGUCACUCGGAGGAAACAGACUGAAGGACAUCCCUUCAGAAAUAGAGAACCUGACCAGUCUAGAGAUGCUGUAUUUGGGAGGGAACCUCAUCUCCUCCAUCCCACCUGAGGUGGCUAACCUCACCAGUCUGAGAUACCUGGUUCUGUGUGACAAUCGCAUCCAAAGCAUACCACCCCAGCUCAGCAAACUACACUCCCUGCUCUCUCUCAGUCUCCACAACAACCUGCUGACCUUCCUCCCUCGUGAGAUCCUCAGCCUCAUCCAUUUGCAGGAGCUCAGUCUCCGUGGAAAUCCUCUUGUUGUGCGCUUCAUCAAGGACAUGACCUACGACCCUCCAUCCCUGAUGGAGCUAGCAGGACGCACGAUCAAGUCCCAGAAUCUUCCGUUCCACUCGUGUGACCUACCAUCCAAUCUGAUCCAUUAUUUAAACCUGGCUAGCGAAUGUCCCAACCCAAAGUGUGCAGGUGUUUACUUCGACUCGUGUGUGAGGCACAUCAAGUUUGUGGAUUUCUGUGGGAAGUACCGCCUGCCGCUCAUGCAUUACCUCUGUUCCCCGCAGUGUUCCUCUCCCUGCAGCUCAAACCCACAGAGCGACGCAGAGUCAGAGGAGGAGAACAGCGUCCCCGCAGACAGACUCCAGAGGGUACUGCUGGGAUAGGACAAACCUCCAACAGGGACAGAUACCUGUCACAGGACUUCCAUUAAAUUAUUAAUUUCAUGUUUUUGUAGACCUAUACAAUGUUAAAAACACUGUUUAGUGACUCACCAAAAAACAACUGGCUAUUUAGUGGCUAAACUGUGAUUAAAAGAGGAAUGUUUGAGCUGUAAAUCAAAGUUUAUUAGGUUUAAAGGGACAGUUGAUUCAAAAAUGAAAAAUCUGUCAUAAUAUUCUCACUCUCAUGUCAUUUCAAACUUGUAUAGAUAUUUUUUGGAUGGCUUCAGUAGACUUUUGAUCCUGUAUAUAAUUAAAUGGAUGACUUUUAUAAUUCUUUUAUGAUGUUUCUAUGGAGAAUUAACUGUUUAUGUUCCAUGGAGACCAAAAGCAAACUUGUUUGAAAUUACAUGAGGGUAAGGAAUGAAAAUUGUGAACUGUUCCUUCUUAGAACUUUGCUCAUAAUGCAUCUGAAAACGUUUGCAUCUUGCCUAAAACAAUAUUUCAAGUGGGUCAGCUUGACACAGACAAAACCUACUGGCAAAUAGAGAACAAAUGGACUGCUUUGCACUUCUGGAAAAUGUGAUUAAUAUGUGAACAGUUACUCUUUGACCUUUUCUUUGUAUUGACUGUUAAUCUGCCCUAACUCUUCUGUCCAAAGGUCAGGUUAUGGACUAUGAUGGCUACUUCACACAAUUGGAGAAUAUAUGUAAAGCUAUCGUCCAUGACACAACCUUAAAAUAGUUACAUGCUAAAGAACACUUUUUUUUUUUUUUUUGUAUUUUGUCUUAUUGUCAGAAGUUUGGCUAUAAGGUUUCAGAUCAGUAUUAAGCAGUAGUGUUUACUGUCUCUAAAAGAGCUCAUAAUGGUCCUAAUAACAAUAAAACAUAGAUACUAUACAC